AUGGAGCACCCCAGCGCGGAGCUGGGCAAGUUCCUCGCCUCGAGGGGCGUCCACGUGCUCUCCACCGGCGGCACGGCGGCGAAGCUCCGGGAGUUCGGCUGCACCGUGCAGGACGUGGCGGACUACACCGGCUCCCCAGAGAUCCUCGACGGCCGCGUCAAGACGUUGCACCCCAAGGUGCACGGCGGCCUGCUGGCUGCGCGCGGCAACGAGGAGCACGAGAAGCAGAUGAAGGAGCACGGUAUCCGCGGUAUCGACCUGGUCGUGGUCAACCUGUACCCGUUCAACGAAGCCGUCGCCAAGAACCCGGACGACUUUGCUACCUGCAUCGAGAACGUCGACAUCGGCGGGCCGGCGAUGAUCCGGGCGUCUGCGAAGAACAAUGCCUCGGUGACGAUCGUGACGAGCCCGUCGCAGUACCGAGGGGUCAUCGAGGAGGUGACAGCGAAGGGCGGCUGCACCAGCUACGGCUUCCGCAAGAACCAGGCCGCCGCGGCCUACGCCCUCACGUCGGCCUACGACUCCGCGGUGUCGCAGUGGUUCGCCGGGCAGGUCACCUCCCCCCCGGCGACGCAGACCGUGGCUUUCCAGGCGGUGGAGCGGCCGCUGAAGUACGGCUGCAAUCCCCACCAGCUGCCCGCUGGACUCUGCUCGGUCAUGGGCGGCAAGCUGCCCUUCGAGGUGGUGGCCGGGACGCCCGGGUACAUCAAUCUGCUGGACGCGGUGAACGCCUGGCAGCUGGUGCACGAGCUGGCUCAGGCCACCAGUCUGCCCGCCGCGGCGUCGUUCAAGCACGUCAGCCCGGCCGGCGCGGCCAUCGGCGUGCCUCUCAGCGACGAGGAGAAGAUCGUCUACGAGGUCAAGGAUAAGGAGCUCACGCCUACGGCGACCGCGUACGUGCGCGCGCGGAAUGCCGACCCGCUGUGCUCCUUUGGGGAUUUCGUUGCCAUCUCUCACAAGGUCGACGUUGCCACGGCCAAUAUCCUGAAGAUCGAGGUGAGCGACGGCAUCAUCGCGCCCGACUUCGAGGACGCGGCUCUGGAGAUCCUGAAGGCCAAGAAGGCUGGCAAGUUCAUCGUGCUGAAGGCGGACGCAGGCUACACUCCGCCGGCGCAGGAGUACCGCAUGUGCGGCGGCGUGGGCUUUGGCCCCUUCAGGAACGACGCCCUCUUCGAUGCAUCGCGCCUGGAGAAGGUAGUGACCAAGAAGAAGGAACUGCCGGAGCAGGGGAAGACCUCAUCCUUGCCUCGAUCGCCAUAA